UGAAUCCCCCAAUAAUUCUCUCAUGCAGCAGUGGGACCUUUAGCCAGCCCUUCCUCUUUUGUUCUCUUCCUUCGUCUCUUCUCUUAUUUCUUCUUCUUGUGUUUUUUCUUUUUCUUCUUCACUCUCCCCUCAGCAGUGCCAAUGGCCCUUCUUCCAUUUAUGCUUUCACUCAUUGCUUUCUUCCUUAACCCUCACAAUGGGGUUCACUGUUACGGAGACAAGCAGCUCCUCAACCUGCAACGCCACUUUCAAUGGAACCACAAUUCAGAUACUCUUGCUUCCCCUUGUUUGUCUCGUAAAUCAAGGAAGGAGAAAGGUGCAACUAUAUUGGAAAUGAAGCACCGAGAUUACUGUUAUGGAGGAAGGCACAAAGACUGGAACAAGUUGCUUAAUAAACGCCUGAUUUUGGAUGAUCUAAGAGUUCGGUCAUUGCAAACCCGAAUCAAAAAGACAAUGUCACCUGCUGAAAAACAAGAUGUUUCAGUUGCUCGAAUCCCCUUAACUUCUGGUGUCGAACUUGGGACACUAAACUACAUUGUUACGGUCGAAAUAGGUAGUCGGAAAAUGACUGUGAUUGUCGACACCGGAAGUGAUUUGACUUGGGUUCAAUGCCAGCCUUGCAAAUCAUGUUAUGGUCAAAAAGAACCUAUCUUCAACCCUUCAGCAUCUCCUUCCUACCGAACAGUCUCAUGUAAUUCAUCUGAGUGUCAGUCGCUUGCAUUUGCAACUGGGAACACGGGAAUCUGCGGGGAAAACCCGCCAACAUGUAACUAUGUCGUUAGCUAUGGCGAUGGAUCCUACACUCGAGGCGAUCUAGCUCAUGAUCGUAUCAAUCUAGGGAAGACUCCGGUGGAAAAUUUUAUAUUUGGAUGUGGCCGGAACAAUAAAGGUCUGUUCGGUGGAGCUUCUGGCCUGUUGGGACUAGGGAGGAGUUCUAUCUCUCUGGUUUCUCAAACUUGGGCAAUAUUUGGUGGUUUUUUCUCCUAUUGUCUGCCUUCAACAGAAUCUGGGGCUUCUGGUUCAUUAGUUUUGGGAGGCAGUUCAUCAGUUUACAAUACUUCAAACCCCUUUUCUUACACUAGAAUGAUCCCAAAUCCAAAGCUAUCAACUUUCUAUUUCCUCAACCUUACCGGUGUCGGUGUUGGUGGGGUGACACUGCGAGAUUCAAGCAUCGGGAAGACCACGAUGCUUAUCGACUCCGGGACCGUUAUCACAAGGCUUCCUCCAACACUCUACAAGGCCUUGAAGACAGAGUUUCAGAAACAAUUUUCGGGCUUCCCAACCGCACCAGCUUUCUCGAUCUUGGAUACUUGCUUUAACCUUAGUGCGUAUCAAGAAGUGGAUGUCCCUACACUAAAAUUGCAGUUUGAGGGUAAUGCGGAGAUGAAUGUGGACGUCACUGGGGUCUUUUACUUUGUAAAGACAGAUGCAUCUCAGGUUUGUUUGGCUCUUGCAAGCCUCACAUUCGAAGACGAAAUCGGUAUCAUUGCGAAUUAUCAGCAAAGAAACCAAAGGGUUAUAUAUGAUACAAAAGGGUCUAGGUUGGGAUUUGCCCAGGAAAGUUGUAGUUUCUCCUAGGCAGAAAAAACUGCAACGGUCGGCAGCUUUGGAUAUUUAUACAUAUAA